AUUCCCAAGUUCUGUUCUUCUGGCCGCUUACAAGCUGGAAGUAUUUGUUACAGGAUUUGAGGAGAUAUGGAGUCCAGCUUGGGUGGAGCAGAAGGCAAGGCAUGGGGUGUGUUCCAGAGAACCUUCCACCAGGUCCAGUUCCUACUGGACCACAACCGGCUGCUCAUCAAGGAGAUCAACGUCAACCAGGAGUCCCAGAUCCCAGAGAGCCUCUCCCGAAAUGUGAUGCUCAUUAAGGAGCUCAACUACAACAUCAAGAGAGUGGUGGAGCUCUACGCCGGCCUCCCCACCUCUUUUAUUCGCAGCUUCAGCAAUCUCCCUUCGCAAGUCACUGCCGCUACCGGAACUUAUCCAGCGGAGCAAGGCCUCAAGCGAGCUCGCUCCACUUAGUAGUAAAGCGAAGAUCACGAUCUUCUUGUGGAUAGACAGCUCUGUGUGAAUAGUGUGUGUGAGCCUGUUACAUAAAGAAAGGAAAGAGAAAAGAUCUGAUCUCACUUGGUUCGUAUAUCGCCAGAACAGGAGCAGGGGUUCGGGGCAUUUAUUGGUAACAAGCUUGCACCAUUCAAGUCCGAUGACCUCUAGCUCUGUCUGUAAGCUACGGGAUUGAGCUUGAGAACAUCCACAAACUUAAAUGCU